AACGGAAACGAGGCACCAAUUUUUUUUAAUCCGUCUUUCAAUCCCUUCUGCCGCCCCCGAAGAAAACGUUCCCGUGCUCUCCGGAUUUUUCAACGUUGUUUAGAUCUGUGAGUGAACGAAACCCUAGCCAUGGCGAGACCGAAGUUGGUGUUCCUCUUCCCUCUUGUCGUGGCAACCCUAUUUGUUUCUUCGGUUCUAACGAGCUCUGAUGUGCCCUUCAUGGUGGCGAACAAGAAGGUGAGCCAAUCCCGGCUCAAGUCCGGCGCGGAGCAGUUAGUUGUUUCAAUCGACAUCUUCAACGAAGGAUCCGUGACUGCCUAUGAUGUGAGCCUUGUUGAUGAUAGUUGGCCUGAAGAUAAAUUUGAGGUUGUAUCUGGUAGCACUUCAAAGAAUUGGGAACGGCUUGAUGCAGGCGCGACUGCAUCUCAUUCAUUUGUUUUGGAGUCCAAGGUAAAGGGCGCUUUCCAAGGUUCUCCUGCUGUUAUCAAAUUUCGUGUUCCAACAAAGGCUGCAUUGCAGGAGGCUUUCUCUACUCCCAUUCAACCUCUUGAUAUUCUUGCUGACAAGCCUCAAGAGAAGAAGUUCGAAUGGUCAAAAAGGUUGUUGACGAAGUACGGCUCACAGGUUGCAGUAUUGCUAUUUGUGGGUCUAUUUGUUUUUGUUCUCGUGAGCCCUUCAAAGUCCAGCGCUGCAAAGGGGGGCAAGAAAAAGCGUUAGCUGGUUAUAAUCUGCUUCUGUUGUCCUCAUCUUUAUUUAUUUUGUCUGAAAAUUUGGUUGUGGAUUCUUGCUGCUGGAAGCUGAACAGUUUUAGUGCUUAAUUAAUAGGUUUUGUACGGUUC